AUGGACUUCGCGAAUGGCUUUGGAGACAGUAGUGAUGAUCUGAUGGAAAACGCAAGGAUCGUUAGCCCUUACGGCGAUGGAGAAACCCAAGCGUUUCCUGCUGAUCCUUGGGCAAAUUUUCAGUACGCACUGCCUGAAGGGCCCUCGCAGUAUAAACAUCGUGCUUCUAGACAAAGACCAACGUUUGGAGGAUCACGAUCUCCCUCGGAGCCAAUUCCCACCCCACGAGAAAGGAUGGUGACAUCUUCUAAGAUCUCAACUCCUCACCGAGACGGUAUGGUAAAUCGAGGCCAUGCUAGUCGAUACGAAUAUUCUAGUGACCAGCGAUGCGAUGACGUACACGUAAUAUUUACAGAUCCCUCCGACGGUGUUGGGAUCAGCGUUGAAAAAAGGAGCCAACAGGACUUGUUGCGACAAAAGGUUCGGGAGGACACCAGUCGUAGGAGCUUACAACAUUCAACCAGCGCACAAAGUAUGUACCGGAAACGUAGCGAAAACAAAGUGGAAAUAACUUCAGAAAGCACAAACGCAGAGACCGAUGGUCUAAAUUUGAAUUGGGCAUUCUCGCGUGUUCAAGUUCGAGCGAAUAGUGAAACGGAGUCAACGACGGUUUGGCUAAAUACUGAUCACAGGCAGGAUUUAGAAGGAGAAGACAUUUGGUUACAAGAAGAACAUGCAUUCCCUUUGUUGUCAACGGGGGCUUCAAGCAGAUUUUCGGGCCCAUCUGGUAAAGAUGGCCUCCGAAAACGUACUGAUAAGAAGUCAAAUCGUGUCCGUUUUGCCGAACCGAUACAGAAGCCGCGAUCUGUCCCUUUUCUGAAAACUGUUUCACGGGAAACUAUACGGGAAGAAUCCUCAGAUCCUCGUUCCAAAAAGAUCACACAUAGUGACAAUCGCGCGUGGUUCGUGGCCCAACCGAAGUCAAUUCUCCGUCGGCGGCGUUUCGCUGGCGAAACCGUGUCCCAUGACCCACAGUACCCCCAGAAGAAUCGCCCAUCCUCUCAUCGCGCAGCUCCACAACGGAAGUCUGCUACAUCGUUUUUGGAUACACAAGGAUCCCUACUCUCUCCCAUUCAUUCAGAUAGGCGGCCUUGGGACCGCAUCUCUGAAACAGGCUCGGAGUCACUCAGUCCUUCGUACAGUGAUGUUGAGCGAGAGAAACGCGUUAGUCUUGGUCCCUACCACCUGCAGGAGCUAAAUGAGAUGUAUCCCGAUCCUCCUCUUGAGUUGCAGUUCGACGACGAGUCAACUGUAGUACCAGCACGCGCUUCUUUCAUCGACACUGUCGCUGCUGUUGUCGUUCAAGCCGCUGUUCGUAGAUUUCUUGCCCAAAAAGUGAUGCAUGAGAUGGUCGGCAAAGCAUAUUCCUUUCCGCAUUUAGAAUCUGACGAUAAGAAAUAUCGACCAUUGUCGUCGCGAAAGGUAACUCCUGAAAAAAGGUCGUCCCGAAAAAGCUAUGCAGAGAGCCCGUAUGGUAGGAAUUUGGGAGGAGCAGUGUUCAUAGAAGUCAUGGCUGCGAUAAAAAUCCAAUCUGCCUUCCGAGGCUUUUGGGUUCGAGAUUCGUUGAAUGUGGAUCAUUUUUGCGCGACUAUGAUCCAGAAAUGGUAUCGACGACAUCAUCAGAGGCACCACUAUUUUGCAGAUCUUUCUCGGAUCAUACUGGUCCAGUCCAUUUGGAGGCGCAGUAUAGCCAGGGAGCACGCUGCCUUUUUCCUUGGGAGCGUAAUUACAGUUCAGUCGCUGUUUCGCUCGUACAGCGCUCGCAAAAAGCUCUACUCAGGACUCACUUGCCUACGAAAGGAUACUAUGGCAGCUGUAGUGAUCCAAUCGCAAUGGCGUACAUAUGCUUGCGAAUGCAACUUUAUUCGCGAUCUUGUCGAUAUUUUGAUCGUUCAAAGUGUUGUGAGAACUUGGUUAGCAAGACGACACCUGUCAUCACUACGCUCCAGGGCCCAAAGUAUUUCCGGCAAAAAGUCACCAACAGUAUCAAAAAAAUACGCGAAUCAAGUGGCGGCGCAACCUACUGGAAGUCCUCGACCUGGAGAGGCCAAUCGUAAAUUGGCGACAGGGCAAUGCUACUCCUCGUAUAGGUCUGUCGAAGAGAGUUCGUUCAGCGCUAUUCUUGGCAAUAUAAAGAGCAAGGAGAACAAUCACCUCAUUGUGUUGAUUACAUCUCAGUCUCUCUCGCGCAAUCAAGCUUCCACAAGAAGUAAUAUUGGUACAAUCUUACGCGUCCAUAAUGUCUCAUUCGAGGAAGUGGAUGGAGCAAAUCCGCUAACCCGAGGACGACGCGACGAACUCUUUGCUAUAUCACAAAUGCGCGGCGUGUACCCGCAGUUCUUUGUGGUAGACUAUGAAACAGGGCUCACGUUAUUUUUCUGCAACAGUGAUUCUUUUUUCGGUGCCAACGAAGAAGGCUCUCUACCCAGGAUACUCAAUAUUGCUGGUGUUGUGCAGAGCGCGAUCGGAGGACAUCAAGAAAGAAAUAGUACCAUAGACGAAGCUCCUAAAGCAAACAAGCACCUGUUUGAGCCAAAGAGGCAAAGCUCACAUACUACGGUUUCAAUUGACAGUGAAACUUCGGAGCCCUCUGUAGGACGGAACAGUUUGCUUUCGAUGUGGAAAAAUCUUGACAAGAAGAACACAUUAGUAUUAAAUGGACACAGGAAUUGA